UUCACACAUUCAUCUUAUGUGCUGUGUAAUCAUUUCAGCUGAGUUUGGAAAUCAUGAUCUGGAACGACAUACGGCAGAAUAUCUGAAGGACUUUGCACUGUUUCCAAAGCACCUAAUAUCAGAUGACAACCUGGAAAGUUUGACAGAAGCAGUGAUACUUCAGCAUGCAGCUCUGGCUGGUUUGUCCCAAGGAACAGCAGAGGAGUAUUACAUUCUGGCUGCACAGCAGCUGGAUGGGUAUGGCCAGGAAACUUUUGAAGCCAAGGUAUGUAUGUAUGUAUUUCUAGUGCCUCCACAUAUGGGCUGAAUUGACUUUUCUCUCACCUGUCUUGAGCUAGGCAAGAGCACAGAAUCUAUUUCUGAAGUGGGGGAAGAAUAGGCCAGAUUCUGUCUCCCGCAGUAGGGUGAUUGUGAGAGAGACGGUCGGCAGAGGAUACCAGUACCCCCAGAAGUUAAUUUUAAUUAAUACAUUUAAAGAUUUUCAAUUCAUCUGCCUUAAUUUUUCACUUAUCAUGGAUGAGUGGAUAGGUGGAUUUAUUGAACCAUGUUUGUAAGAUACACUGAAGUGCCAUAGCUCAAGCAGUUAGUCGCUGGCUUCCCACCGAGGCGGC